GGGGGCCUUAAUUUAAGAUGAGUGGCCAGCAACACUGACAGCACCUGGGCCGAAAGAGAAUGUGCCACUCAGAGUAAUUUGCUCUUCAGCCCACAGGUGCUGGCUUCCCCAGGAACAAGAGGGAUCAAAGGAAAGAAGGAGGAAAAGAUUCUGAGACUUAAGUACUGUCAGUUCUGGAGACAUCCUUGAUUGGAGACUGAGAUUUUGGAACAGAAAUUCAGAGCUGAUCCAGAAGAGCUAAAGACAACAUCCCCGUUUGCAGCCAUUUCCCAAAGUCAGAAGAAAAUGAUCCAGGCCCAGGGCUCCUGAAACUCUUGUCAUUUCCUGGGCGACAGGAGUGACUUUGUUCUACCGAGGUGACUCUGAGUGAGCUCCUGGAUGUGGGCUGGUCACCGGAAAGACCCAGCCGUGAUGAGAAGCUUGGCGUCUUUAACCCUGCCUUAUGCCUCUAUCCCAUCUGGAAGACUGUGCCGUAACAUAGUAUUUUACUAGGAUUCUUAUUCUAUCACAGCGUAAGAAGGGAAAAACCCACCAAUGUCCUAUAUGGCAAAAGAAUCCCUGACGUAUGACGACGUGACGAUGAAGUUCACGUGGGAGGAGUGGCAGCUCCUGGCCCCUGAUCAGAAGGACCUGUACCGGGACGUGAUGCUGGAGAACUAUAGCAACCUGCUGUCCGUGGGGUAUCAAGCCAGCAAACCAGAUGCUGUCUCCAGGUUGGAACGAGGAGAACUGUGGCCAGUAGAAGAUGACAGCCACCGUCGAAUCUGUCCAGAAAUCAGGAAAGUUGAUGACCCUCUGCAGUGUCACUUGCCAAAUCACAGCAUUCAAAAUAUUGUGGAACGAUGCUGCGAACAUAAUACACUUGCAAAUAUUGUUAAUCAAAGUGAAAGUCAUUUCCUGUUAAAGCAAAAUUGUGAUAUGUUUGACUUAACUGAAAAAUUUUUAAAUUCAAAUUUAAGUUUUGAAAACCAGAAGAGAAGCUGUAACUUAAAGAACUCUGCUGAGUUUAAUGCAGAUGGUAAAUUCCUUCUCCAUGUUAACCACAAGCAAUCUUUUACUGAAAUUAAAUUUCCUGUAAGUACAAAACCCAUCGGCAGUAACUCCCUGUCCACUAAGCAACAGAGAACUUGCAACAUAGAGAAAGCCCAUGUAUGCAGUCUGUGUGGAAAAGCCUUCUCCAGAAAAUCCAGUCUCACUGAACAUCAAAGAACUCAUACGGGACUGAAACAUUAUGAGUGCACUGAAUGCAAUAAAACCUUCUUUGAGAAAUCACAGUUCGACGUACAUCAGAAAAGUCAUAUGGGAGAGAAACCUUACACAUGUAGUGAAUGUGGGAAAGCAUUCACCAAAAAGUGUCGGCUCCUUUAUCAUCAGCGAACUCAUACGGGAGAGAAGCCCCAUGGAUGCAGUCUGUGUGGAAAAGCCUUCUCUACAAAGUUCAGUCUCACUACACAUCAGAAAACUCAUACAGGAGAGAAACCUUACAUAUGCAGUGAAUGUGGAAAAGGCUUCAUCGAGAAGAGACGUCUUAUUGCACACCAUCGAACUCAUACAGGUGAGAAACCCUUUAUAUGCAAUGUAUGUGGGAAAAGUUUCACCUUGAAGAACAGUCUUAUCACUCAUCAGCAAACUCACAGAGAACAGAAACUGUAUAUGUGCAGUGAAUGUGGGAAAGGCUUUUCAAUGAAGCACUGCCUCAUCGUACAUCAGCGAACUCAUACUGGAGAGAAACCCUAUACAUGCAAUGAGUGUGGAAAAGGCUUCACCUUGAAGAGCCCUCUCAUCAGACAUCAGCGGACUCAUACAGGGGAGAAACCCUAUGUAUGUAGUGUGUGUGGAAAAGGCUUCACCAUGAAGAGUGAUCUUAUUGUACAUCAGCGAACUCAUACUGCAGAGAAACCCUAUGUAUGCAGUGACUGUGGGAAAGGCUUCACUGUGAAGAGCCGCCUGAUUGUACACCAGCGAACUCAUACAGGGGAGAAACCCUACGUGUGCGGUGAAUGCGGAAAAGGCUUUCCAGCCAAGAUCCGGCUGAUAGGACAUCAGCGAAUUCAUACAGGAGAGAAACCAUAUGUAUGCAGUGAAUGUGGUAAAGGCUUCACAGAGAAGAGUCAUCUCAACGUACACCAGCGCACUCACACAGGAGAAAAACCCUAUGUAUGCAAUGAAUGUGGCAAAGGCUUAACUGGGAAAAGCAUGCUCAUCGCACAUCUGCGAACUCAUACUGGAGAGAAACCAUAUAUAUGCAAUGAAUGUGGCAAGGGCUUCACCAUGAAGAGCACUCUGGGUACUCAUCAGCAAACUCACACUGGAGAGAAACCAUACAAAUGCAACGAGUGUGGUAAAGCCUUUAGGAAGAAGACAUGCCUCAUACAGCAUCAUAGAGUUCACUCAGGAAAAACUUCCUUUGCAUGUACUGAAUGUGGAAAAUUCUCUUUGCGCAAAAAUGAUCUCAUUACCCAUCAGAGAAUUCACACAGGAGAGAAGCCAUAUGAAUGCAGUGAAUGUGGGAAAACCUUCACCACAAAGUCAGGGCUCAAUGUUCAUCAAAGAAAACAUACAGGAGAGAGGCCCUAUGGAUGCAGUGAGUGUGGGAAAGCUUUUGCCCACUUGUCAAUCCUUGUUAAACAUAAGAGAAUUCACAGGUAGUCACUCUGGGGAAGCCUGUUGCCAGUUGUACUCAAGAUAAUAGUAUGCAGAGAAGAAUCACAAUGCAAAGAAUGUGGUGUUAUCUUUAGUGAUCAAUUACCUCAUAUUUUAUGUUGAUGAAAAAAUUUACAAGACAACUCAGACACAAUCAGCCAUGGUGAAAAUGUUUUAGGACAUUUUAUUGUCUAAAAAGUGUAUACUGAGGGCUUCCCUGGUGGCGCAGUGGUUAAGAGUCCGCCUGCCAAUGCAGGUAACACGGGUUCGAGCCCUGGUCCGGGAUGAUCCCACAUGCCAUGGAGCAACUAAGCCUGUGCUCCACAACUACUGAGCCUGCACUCUAGAGCCUGCGAGCCACAACUACUGAGCCCGUGUGCCACAGCUACUGAAGCCCACAUGCCUAGAGCCCACGCCCCACAACAAGAGAAGCCACCGCAAUGAGAAGCCUGUGCACUGCAACGAAGAGCAGCCCCUGCUCUCCGCAACUAGAGAAAGCCUGUGCACAGCAACGAAGAUCCGAUGCAGCCAAAAAUAAAUAAAUAAAUAAUAUUUUUAAAAAAUGUAUACUGAGAUAAAGCCUAAGAAUGUGAAAGACUAGGAAAGACUUCACUGGUAAUAGACAGUAUCAUAUGUGGUCAUCAUAGAUCAUGAGUGAAUGAAUAUUUCUAAUUGGUAGAAAUAAAAUUGUGGAAAGGCCUUUGCCCAGAAGUAACACUUCAAGAGAUGUCAGUUAACACUAGAGAAGUACUUUCCUAUGGUGAUGAAUAUGGCAGUGUUUGCAGUAGUAAAUAUUGCCUCAUCAUUAGCCAGGAAAUCUGUGCAAUAACACAUCCAGUAUGGUGGCCUUUAACAAAAUGUCAGACAACUUAGUGAAGGAAAGAAGCCCUGGAGAAAUGAUGAAUGAGAACAUUGUGUUACAGGUCUAAACUUAAGGGGUAAUACACCUCACAAACAACUGGGGAAAGAAUACCUUCAGCCGUAUUUCUAGAUGCCUUGUCAUUGAUCUUAUAAAUUUUACAUAGUGGCAGUUACUCUCAUCAUGGAUUAAAUUUUAAUAUAUACGGUCAGGAGUGUUCAAUUAUUUAAUUAACUUUUGUGUUUCUUUGGUUCCAAGUUUAAGUGUUAUUUCAGAAUAUUUGAAGUACUCCAAAAUGAAACAAUAUAUUCAUUUCAUAAGUAUAAGUCAACAUAUUUGGUGGGUUUAACCAAGUUUAUAAGUAGCAGUGGGGGGUUAUAAAAUUAAUAUAAAUGUGAUGUUUUUAUAACUUAGUUUUGAAGUAAGUUUAGAAUCACAAAAACUGAAAUAUUCCAGAGAUUUUCUAAAUCACCCUCGGUCCACUAUUCCCAAAGGUAAAACCUUAUAUAACCACUCAGUUUACUCUCAAAUAGAGGAAAGUGAAAUUGUUACAGUGCUGUUAACUACAGGGUUUAUUUCUAUUGCACCAGUUUUAACAUGGUUUUUAAAUACUGCCUUAAACUUUAUCACAUAUGUAGGUUCGUGUAACCAACACCCCAGUCAAAAUUCAGAAUGCUUUCUUUGUCAACACAAACUCCCUCAUGCUAUGUCCUCAUAGUCACAUCCUUUCCCCGACACUAAUCCUAUAAUUGUGUCAUUUAUAGAAUAUUAGAAAAAUAGAAUCGUUUAGGAUGUAUCCUUUUGAGGUUGACUAUUUGAGCUUGUGAAAUUGUAGAAAAUAGACAUAUUGGUCUCUGCCCCCGGUUUCUGGCACAGAGCUUCUGAAACCCUUGUAAAU